UAAACCAACGAAACCUUUCCUCAUGGAUAUCCAUGUGCAAUGUGAGGUAUUUAUUUGAUCGAAAUAGGCAUCGUUAGAGUUACUGCCGUAGACUGCAGUUUUACAUUUAGUGUCGCCGGUUUCAAACAUUUUUUAAGCUAAUUUCCGCAGGGUGUUUGUGGAAAUGAAAGGUGGGAAAUGGAAGCAAAACAGCAAGAAGAAAAAAGGGAACGAGGUUUUACAGAAAUACAUGAAUGCGGUCGACGAGUUUGUAAAAGGUAAAAGUGAUCAGGAUGGAGCAGACGGAGGACAGGGGCUGCGAUCCGUGAAAACCAAAAGCAGAAAGGAGCUACGCAAAGAAAAGAGAAGGCUGAAAAAAGCCAAGAUGAAAAGUCACUAUGAAGGGAAAAAAUUCGACAGUUUUGCCUCAGAUCAUGUAGGAAAAGCCGCGGUCGGAUCUGGUAAUGAUUCCCAGGGUCAGAAGAAGAAAGCUGAUAAACCCAAAAGGGACGUCACAAAAACACCUGCAAACAAAAACAUGGGGCUUCCUGCAGAGAAAUCCGCCUCUUCUGGGUCCAAGUCCUCCAAGAAAACCAACAAGCUUAAAGAAACUAGAAAAAUGGCUCUGCUGGAGGCAAAUGAGCAAGAGGACAGGGAGAUAAAAAAGCUGGAGCGAUACCUUGGAUUAAACAAAAGGAAAAACAAGAAAAGUCUCCCUCAGUCAUUCGUGAGCGAUGGACUAGAUUACAUCCUUGGAGUGCUGGACUCCAGCUCAUCAGGAGCAGGGAUGUAUGAUGAAGACUGUGAUGCUGAUGAGGACAUGGAGGCUGCUAAGGACAACUUUGAAAAGCUGGGUGAGGAAUAUGUGUCAGAAGAAGAGGUGGAAGCUGAGGAUGAGAUGGAGAGUGAAGGAAGUGAGGGUGCUGAAGAUGAGGAGAUGGGGAGUGAAGAAGAUGUUGAUGACGAUGAUGAUGACGAUGAUGAUGAUGAUGAUGAUGAUGAUGAUGAUGAUGAAAUGAACAAAACUGAUGCUGGGGCUGAUUCCGGAGCUGAUAGUGAAACCGAGGAGGCAAACCCCAAUCCUGACACAACAUCACAAGCUGGCACCUCAAGGGAGAACAAGUAUGUCCCACCUCAGCUGCGAAACACUGGAGAUGAUAAACGCAAAGCUGAGCUGGAGAAGCUGAAGAGGAAAGUCAAAGGCCUGUUAAACAGGCUGAGCGAGCCCAACAUGGCCUAUAUCAGCAGUCAGCUGGAGGAGCUGUACAUGAGCUGCAGCAGGAAGGACAUGAACGACACCCUGACUGACGUGCUGCUCGCAGCCUGCGUCACGCCGACCCUGAUGCCCGACAGGCUGCUGAUGGAGCAUGUGCUGCUGGUCAGCAUCCUUCAUCAUGCUGUGGGACUGGAGGUAGGAGCCCAUUUCCUUGAGACAGUUGUGCAUAGGUUUGACGAGGUCUACAAGAGCUCCAGCGAGGACAAAGAGUGUGACAACCUCGUCGCCAUCGUCGCCCACCUCUAUAACUUCCAGGUGGUGCAUUCUGUCCUCAUAUUUGACCUUCUGAAGCUACUGGUGGGAGCGUUCACAGAGAAGGACAUCGAGUUAGUCCUGUUUGUGCUGAAGAACGUCGGCUUUGCCCUGAGGAAAGACGAUGCUCUCGCUCUCAAAGAACUCAUCUCCGAAGCUCAGCGAAAGGCUAAUGAGAUGGGAGCAAAGUUCAAGGAUCAAACCAGGGUGCGAUUCAUGCUGGAAACUAUGCUGGCUUUGAAGAACAAUGAUAUGAGGAAGAUACCGGGCUAUGAUCCUGAGCCUGUAGAGAGACUGAGGAAGCUGCAGAGAACUCUGAUCCACAGCAGUGCUGGAGGCAGUGAUCUGAAGCUGAGGGUGUCUCUGGAAAACAUCCUGAAUGCAGAGCAGGUGGGCCGUUGGUGGAUUGUAGGUUCGUCGUGGAGCGGAGCGCCAAUGAUCAGCAAACAGGCUGACACACCAUCCCAGCAGAGCUCUGCUGAAGGACAGUUCAGCCAAAAAGUAUUAGAGCUGGCGAGGAAACAGAGGAUGAACACUGAAGUCAGGAGGAACAUAUUUUGUGUUCUUAUGACCAGUGAGGACUACCUGGAUGCAUUUGAGAAAUUGUUGAGAAUGGGUCUAAAGGACAAGCAGGAGAGAGAGAUUGUCCACGUUCUGAUGGACUGCUGUCUGCAGGAGAAAUCCUUCAACGCAUUUUAUGCUGUACUUGGAGAGAAGUUCUGCUCCCAAGAUCGACGCUUCCAGGUUAUAGAGUUUGGGGAGUUGGAUAAGCCCACAGUGCGCUUUUUACGUCAGGUGCUGAUUAAGCUGCUGAAAGAAACCGAGCCCGAGGAGAUAGCCAGCAUAUUUGGGAGGAUUUCAGGGAUUCCUAAGCUGGGGAUGCUGCGAGAGGGAUUGAAGCUUUUCAUCAGUCACUUCCUGCUAAAGAACUCCCAGUCUCAGGGGUCCGCUGAGCAUUUGGCACUGCUGCAGGAGCGCGCCCAGGUCGCCACCAAAGCUAUGGAGGCUAAAGAUGCCAAGCUCAAACUGUAAAACAGAUCCAGAGGGCGUCCAGCCUUCUGAGGCAGGAACUAAUCCUCAGAGAAGGACAUAAAGACACAGUAGCUGUAAACAUGAAGGUGUGGUUUUGGCAAGCAGGUCUGAUGUCCACUUUUGGGGUCCUGCUACAGCAAACUAAAAAUACUUUGCAUUCUUUUAUUUACCGGUAAUAAAAAAAAUGUUUAAUAUCUUUGUAUAUUUGCCUAUAAACAUGACAAUAUCUCUUUAUUCUCUCCUGUCCUUAUAUUACAGCAUAUCUACCCUUUUACAGGCAGUGUACAGUCAGAGUCUGACUUUGUUAUGUGUA